UAUUUUUCUCCAUUUUUCUUCGGGAAGAGCGCGAGAGGCAAUUACGCCGUCCAAGCGUCACUCAAAGUCGCUUUGUUUACCCUGCAAUUUGAGGGUUGAAACGCUGAACUCUCACGACCCCUCGCGUGGACGUCCGCAGCCUUCAGCAUGCGAAUUUUUUGACGAGACAUCAAUUUAAAUGAAGCUGAGCAAACAAAAACAUUGGGGGUUGAAAUUAUCAUCCCUUAAAAUGUUAAGGGAUGAUGAGAAAAAAAUUUAAACAAAGAGGAGGCGACGAAUGAUGCGUGUGCUGUCACGUGAAGGCGAGUGCGUCGGUCCGGCUGGAGCGAGGGGGAGGGGGUAGCAGUGGCACAGUCGGGGGUUGUUUUGAGAGAGAGUGAUUCAGUGUGCGGCGAGAUGCUGGCGCAGCGGCCGCGGUGGGAGGCGUCGCAGCGGCCGCUGUUCGUGCGGACGGUGGUGCGGAACGGCGUGCGCCACGCCAUCCUCUGGGCCGACGACCCCCUGGCCGCCCCCAGGCCCCGACCGCCUCCGCUGCCCCCGGGGGACGAGCCGCCGGCGCCGCCUCCGCGUCCUUCGGAGCUCGAGCGCUGCCUCAUGAAGCUGCAACUCGUGCUGGCCGCCGCCGAGCCCAAACCCAAGCAGCAAACCCAGGAAACCACCCCUGAGGCCACCCCUUGUGCUCAGGUGUCGGAGGUGGAGGCCGCAGAGGCUGUGGCGGCACCGGAACCAAGUUGCUCCUCAGGGUCAUCCUCGGAAGACGAACAGGAGGACAAAGAGAACCUGAGCGACGAGCCGGCGGGCGACCUGUGGCUGCCCGACCUGAAUCCGCUCUCGGAACGGGUGCUGCAGUGGCUGGAGCGCGAGGCGAGCAGAAACCGGCCCCGUCUCGUCGACCUUCGCACCCUGAGGAGAGCCCAGCGGUCGCCAGCGCGGCAGGUUGCACCUGUCAAAGCUCCGAGACUCAGGGUGCGACGCAAGGUUGCUGCCAGGUGGUGUCCCAAGCUCACAGACGAGGCGCUGUCUGUACACCCAGCACCUCGGAAACCUUCGGGCGGGCUGAAGGUGACGGCGGUCAGGUGCGACCAGGGUCGACCGCAGCUGCACGUCUUCAUCCCCAGGGUUGAGGAGCCGACCCUUGACUGAUUGUGAGAGGCUGUGACUUUGUUUUGUUACGUGAGAAUAAAAAUAAAAUGAAUUAUUACGCGA